AAGGUGUUUCAAAACUUGUUACCGAUAUUGAUUUCAGCUUUUUGAUCUAAAUAAAUUGGAAAGCAAUUUCUAAGAUAGAACUCGUUGUAACCACAAAAGCUUAAUGGUGUCACACUCAUACUCUCACGGUCUCACUCCAAUGGACCUAUCAAAAAUAACAGGUUCGCCCUUCGCAUUAGGAGGUGUAUUUUUGUUGCUGGCCUUGACUUUCAUAGGACCUUAUUCUAAUUAUCUACUUCUGCUGUCCUCUCAAAUAUUACCAAUGCAAACUUCAUCAGUGUUCUUCGCUGCAAAACCCGCGUUCCUUGCCACACCGAUUAGGGUAAAAUCUCAAUACAAGCAAAACACUUUGAGCGAUACCAAAAUUAUGGCUACUCCUAAGUGGGCUCAGAAGACCGUCGUUCUUCCUGCUCAGAAACGUGGAUGUCACCUCGUCACUCCCAAGAUAGUGAAGGAAAUUGAACAAGACUUGUCAGGAUUCAAAUGUGGCCUUGCACAUUUUUUCUUGCAACAUACAAGUGCUUCUUUGACCAUAAACGAGAAUUACGACAUAGAUGUUCGACAUGAUACUGAGACCUUCCUCAACAGGAUAGUUCCAGAGGGUCCUUCUGCACCAUGGAAGCAUACAAUGGAAGGUCCAGAUGACAUGCCAGCACAUAUUAAAUCAUCUAUGUUUGGAUGUACUCUCACUGUUCCAAUUACAGACAGACGCCUGAACAUGGGAACCUGGCAGGGAAUUUGGCUGUGCGAACACCGGGACUAUGCCACUCCACGUAAAGUUGUGGUUACUCUCAAUGGAAUUUAAGGAAAGGUGUGAAAAAACAGGGUAGAUGUUUUCUUGCUUAUCAGGGUUCAAAAAGUUUGUGAAAAGAGUGGUAGUAAUGAAAGAGGUGCAUUAGACGCUCAACUUUACUAUGAUGCAUCGUUAUUGCUACCUACUCAGACUAGUAUUUCAGAUACUAAAUAGUAAAUACCUAAUUCCAAUGUGGAUAUACUAGUAUAUAUUAUGUUCUGCAGAUACGUAUAUGGAAGUUGGUCUUGUGUGUUCUAA